AUGGAUCCGAAGAUUGAAGCGGUGAGGCACAAUAUUGCCAAACUUGAUCGGGCUCUUGUGGCGAAGGUGCCGGGACGACGCGUUGCCUUUCCUCACCUUCGCAGCGAGCUCAAGAGGAGGUGGUACCAGUUCAGAGACUUUGAGAUUGUUACCACCGCCUCUAACUCGUUCAUUUGUCUAUUCGCUAGCCCGGAGGCCAGGGAUGCGGUCCUCAUGAGUGGGCCUUGGAUCAUUGCCGGCAACAUCUUUGGCAUGGACAAGUGGACUCCUAAUUCCUCCCCUAGUUCCCUUCAGGUAAUGCAUUCCCCCAUUUGGAUUCAUCUACCAAAAUUGCCCCUCAUUUAUUGGGAUGCCGACAAUAUCAACCGGAUUGCCAACAUGCUUUGUGAUCCUUUAUGGAUGGACUCGCAUACAAGCUCAUGGGGGAAAUAUUCCUACGCUCGGAUUUGUGUCCGGAUUGAUCUAUCGCAAAGACUUCUUCCGGGGAUUUGGAUCAACGGCAUCCAUGGUCGGUUUUUCCAAAGAGUUGAGUAUGAGGGUCUAACCAAUUUCUGCUUUGAGUGUGGUUACAUUGGUCAUACCAGUGGGAGCUGUAGGAUGAAGAAGCCGAGCAGUGCUCCGGCUGCCCCCUCGACACAAGCACCUCUGCCUGCCGAAUCCUCACAUGGGGGGCACGUUAUGCCUAAACAGUUGAAUGGCCCGCCCCCUCUUGAUGGGACAGAUUCCUCAAACAGUGAGGAACCGGAGGACUCAUCUUUUGGGGAAUGGAAUCUCGUCACGCGUAGGAGGAAAGGUAAAGCUCGAACCAACAAUAGCCAGGCUAACAAUGCUCAGGUGGCAAGAGCUGAGGCGUCGCCCCCUUUUUGGCCGUCCAGCGAGGGAGUGCACCAGCUUGAAGAAAUUUCAAACAGAAUUGUCAACAGCAAAAACUCCUCCCCCAAAGAGCCCAGAAUCACCUUUAGUGCCGAAAAAAUGAUCCGAGACCCUUCGUCCAAUACAGUCAACCUCUCCAAGAGGCAGCAGAGGGCCCCCAAAACUUUUCUGGAGAAACAGCUAGUCCACCUUGGGCCUAUAGCCACUCUGCCGAGGAAGAGACGGAAGAACCUACAAGAUGACACUGGCGGGGACUUUGUCCCCUUUGGUGAACAAUGA